AUGCCAAAGAAACCGGCAAAAGAGACGGCCAAAGUGACGUCUAAAGUGGCAGCCAAGUCAAGGGAAGAGUCCCCUGCUCAAAAGACCCCUAACUGGCCGGCGUUACGCCCUCUGCCUCCAACUUCCGACCUCUGCUUAACCCCCAUCCUGCCCUCCCAGAUCUACAUAAUACGCAACCUCUUCUCCUCUGCGCUGUGCAAGACAUACAUCUCCUUCCUGACCAGUCUACCCUUGAUCACUACUCCCGGCCGGCCAAAGAAGGACGAGGCACUGCGCGUCAACGACCGGUUUCAAGUAGACGACGCUUCCUUUGCCGAGCUCCUGUGGUCAGGCACGGGAUUGAAGGAGUUGGUUUGCAGCAGUGCCAGCCAGAGUGACAAUGAGGAUGACGGUGAGAAAGUAGACUGGGACGGGGAGGUGUUGGGUUUGAAUCCGAACAUUCGCAUAUAUCGGUAUACCAAGGGCCAGUUCUUUGGACAGCAUUAUGAUGAGUCGGUGCAGGUAAUGCAUGGAACGCCGCCGGUCAAGGGGCGGACAAGCUGGACGCUGCUGAUAUACCUGAGCACCUGUUCAGGAGGCGAGACGGCUUUCUACCCUGAGCCGGGGCCAGGGAGUAAGAAAGGUAAAGCACAGAGCCAACCCGAGCCGGUUGUUGUUGGAAUGGAGACUGGUAUGGCACUGCUGCAUCGGCAUGGAGAUGAGUGUCUGUUGCAUGAAGGACGGGAAGUGACAGGAGGGGAGAAAUGGGUUAUUCGAAGUGAUCUAGUAGUUAGACGGUGA